GCAUGCGCAUUGCGCUUGUUGCAUGCUCGGUUGGAUUCAGCGCCAAUGACGUCACGCCGCCCUUUCCGGUGCCAUCGUCACUUCCGGAAGAGAGAUGCAGCCGGGCCUUGGAUCUCGUCCUGGCCAGGUUGAGUUUCCGCCUUGUUCUUCGCCAAGAUCUGGUCUAGAUAAAGGAAAAUGUCCCGCCGAAAUAGGCAUAAAAGGGUGGCUGCGAGUUUUCCGGGCUGUCUGGUCAUGUUCCAGAAGCAUUCUCUCCUGACGUUUCGCCUGAAUCUAUCUUCAGAGGGAAAUGAGGAUUCUAUGGAGCCAGCCCUUGGAGGGGAGAAACCAUAUAUAUGCCUGGAGUGUGGACACGGCUUCACUCGUAGUGGAGAUUUGCAUAGACAUCAAAGGACUCACACUGGGGAGAAACCCUAUACAUGCCUGGAGUGUGGAAAGAGCUUCACUCAGAGUACGAGCCUACGUUUGCAUCAAAGGACUCACACUGGAGAGAAGCCUUAUACAUGCCUAGAGUGUGGAAAGAGCUUCACUCAUAGCUCAGGUCUACGUUCACAUCAAAGGACUCACAUUGGAGAUAAACCUUAUACAUGCCCGGAGUGUGGAAAAGGCUUCAUUCAUAGUUCAGGUCUACGUUCACAUCAAAGGAUUCACACUGGGGAGAAACCCUACACAUGCCAGGAGUGUGAGCAGAGCUUCGCUCGGAGUAAAGGUCUACGUUUACAUCAAAGGACUCACACUGGAGAGAAACCUUAUACAUGCCUAGAGUGUGGAAAGGGUUUCGUUCAUAGUUCAGCUCUACGUUCCCAUCAGAGGACUCACACUGGGGAGAAACCCUAUACAUGCCAAGAGUGUGGACAUAGCUUCUCUCAUAAUUCAGGUCUACGCUCACAUCAGAGGACUCACACUGGGGAGAAACCUUAUACAUGCCUGGAGUGUGGACAGACGUUCACCGAGAAUGGAAAUCUACACACACAUCAAAGGACUCACACUGGGGAGAAACCGUACACAUGCUUGGAGUGUGGACUGAGCUUCACUGCGAAAGGAAAUCUACACAGACAUCAAAGAAUUCACAAUGGGGAGAAACCUUAUACAUGCCUAGAGUGUGGACAGAGUUUCAGUAAUAGUUCUGGCCUACAUUCACAUCAAAGGACUCACACUGGGGAGAAACCCUAUACAUGCCUAGAGUGUGGACAUAGUUUCUCUCAUAGUUCAGGUCUACGUUCACAUCAAAGGACUCACACUGGGGAGAAACCGUAUACAUGUCUGGAGUGUGGAAAGUCCUUCAUUCAGAGUACAGGUCUACGUUCACAUCAAAGGAUUCAUACUGGGGAGAAACCCUAUACAUGCUUAGAGUGUGGAAAGAGCUUCACACAUAGUUCAGGUCUAUGUUCACAUAAGAGGACUCACACUGAGGAGAAAUCCUAUACAUGCCUGGAGUGUGGUCUGAGCUUUACUCAUAGUUCAAGUCUGCGUUCACAUCAAAGGAUUCACACUGGAGAGAAACCCUAUAAAUGCCUGGAGUGUGGACAGAGUUUCACUCAGAGUGGAAGUCUAUGUUCACAUCAAGGGACUCAUACGGGCGAGAAACCCUAUACAUGCCCAGACUGUGGACAGAGUUUCACUUAUAGUUCAGGUCUCGGUUCACAUCAAAUUACGCACACUAUGGAGAAAUCCUAUAAAUGCCUGGAGUGUGGAAAGAGCUUCACUCACAGUUCAGGUCUACGUUCACAUCAAAGGACUCACACUGGGGAGAAGCCCUAUAAAUGCCUGGAGUGUGGUCAGAGCUUCACGCAUAGUUCAGAUCUACGUUCACAUCAAAGGACUCACACUGGGGAGAAACCCUAUAGAUGCCUGGAGUGUGGAAAGAGCUUUGCCCAGAGUGCAAAUCUACGUAGACAUCAAAGGACUCACACUGGGGAGAAACCCUAUACAUGCCCAGAGUGUGGAAAGAGCUUCAUUCGUAGUUCAAGUCUACGUUCACAUGAAAGGAUUCACACUGGGGAGAAACCCUAUACGUGCCUGGAGUGUGGAAUGAGCUUCACUGAAAAUGGAAAUCUACACAAACAUCAAAGGACUCACACUGGGGAGAAACCCUAUAAACGCAAGGUGUGUGGAUAGAGCGUCUCUGAGAGUUCAAACACACAUAAAAAUGGAAUUCACAUUGGAGAAAAUAGUGGUGUUUGACCCCAAAGACACAGCUUUCCAAACUUUUCAUGUUGGUGACACAUUUUUUUAGACAUCAAUCCUUUUGUGACAUGGUAAUUCAGUUUUGUUGGGAAUUGUGGAUGAUAGAUGGAAGCUCUUACGUGUGCCCGUAACCCAGAGACACCCUGCAGAAUGAUGUACCACUCAGCUUUGCAGAACGAAAUAAUAUGGGAACCUUUACUGAUUUAUUUAUUUAUUUAUUUAUUUAUUUAUUUACUGCAUUUAUAUACCGCUUUUCUCACCCCUGGGGGGACUCAAAGCGGUUUACAACAUAAUGGCAAAAUGCCAACCAUACAUUAGAAAACAUACAGUAUUUAUAUUUAUUUAUUUAUUUAUUUACUGCAUUUAUAUACCGCUUUUCUCACCCCGAAGGGGACUCGGGGCGAAUUACAAUGAACACAUAUAUGGCAAAUAUUCAAUGCCAACAGACAAACAACAUACAUUAGACAGACUCAGAGGCAUUUUUAACAUUUUUUCCAGCUUCACGAUUCCGGCCACGGGGGAGCUGUUGCUUCACCAUCCAGUAGUGGCUGUACUUCCUCAUUCCUUUCCUCGUGUUUUGCUGGCAGUUUUAUGGUGUUGUAAAUUAUUUACAAUUUAAUUUAAUUUAAUUUACAAUAAUAUGUAAUAAUUAUAACAUUUUGUAUAUACAUAUAAUAUUCAUAAUAUUAUAUUGUAAUACGAUAUAAUACUAAUAAUACAAUAUAAUAAUAUUAAUUAUAUAUCAUAUUUUACAUGUAAUAUUACUAAUAAUAUUACAAUAUGUUGAUACAGUACAAUAUAGUAAUUUGUUACCAGUAUUGUACUAUACUAAUAUAAUAUUGUAUGUAAAUUUAAUUUGUAAGCCGCUCUGAGUUCCCUUUCGGGGUGAGAAGGGCGGCAUAUAAAUGUAGCAAAUAAAUAAAUAAGUAAGUAAGUUAGAUUAGCCUCCCGCAUAGAGUGUCCCUAAAUUUCCCUAAUUGACAGAUGCAACUGUCUUUCGGGGCUGCAUAGGUCAACAGCAAGCCGGGGCUAUUUAAUGAUCGGCGGCUUAACCCGACCCAGGCUUCGAACUCAUGACCUCUCGGUCAGUAGUGAUUUAUUGCAGCUGGUUACUAGCCAGCUGCUCCACAGCCCGGCCCCAAGAGAUCCAAGAGAUCAACAGAACAAUGGUAUUUACAAUAGUCCUUCUGAUUGCUUACAGAAAUCAGCAUUAUAAGCAGUCUUUUCUUAAUCCAUGAAUCUCCUUCAUUGAGGAUCAGCAGCAAAUGAGGGCUCAGAAAUAGUCAGGACCUUCUAAAUACAGAGCCAUUUUCCUUCUAGCCAGUACUCAGAAGAUUCAAAGAGAGAGAGAGAGAAAAACCUGUUCUCCAGCAGCAGGAUAGCAACAGUUGCAAGCCAAUUCCCAGGUCCUUGCAAACUCUGCCAAUUGGCUACCUGCAUUUGAUUUUCCAGUUAACACAACCAGUGUUUCCUCACUUAUCACGGGGGUUAGGUUCCAGGACCACCCGCAAUAAGUGAAAAUCUGCAAAGUAGGGAUGCUAUAUAUUUAUACAUUACUAGCUGUGCCCGGCCACGCGUUGCUGUGGCAAAGUGGUGGUGGUAUUGGUUAAAAAUUGUUGUGUGAUUUUUAUUUGACGUUAUUUGCAAUUUUUUAUUAAUUUUAUUGUAAGUUAUAUUUUUAUUUAUUAUAUUUUAUUAUUUUCUUGUAUUAUUUUUAGUUAUUUUCUGUUAUAGUAUUUUAUUGUAUUAAUUUUUAGUGUUUUUUAUUAUUUUUGAUUGGGUUGCUAGGAGACCAAGUUAGAGGAGCUUAGCCUUCUAACUGGCAGCAAUUGGAUAAAAGCAAUUAUUCCCCUCUCUCUAAUUAGGACUUUAUUUUUCUUUUCUUUUUGUUGUAUCAACCUAGAGGCGUGGAUGAUGGGUUGUGUUGUCAAAUUUCGAGGUUGGGGGGCCUGUAGUUUUGUUGUUUUGUGGGUUGCCGUGAUGCCAUCACUCUUUUAUAUAUAUAUAGAUUUUAGCAGUUAUACACUAUUUUAAGUCUUUAUCAACCAAUUGUGUGUUGAUAAAUCGGCUCCUCCUCCCGUUGCCACUUGGGCUCCUUUUCUUUCCCUUCAGCUUCUCCUUCCACCCUUAUUUGGGCCAAAAAUUGUAAUUUUUAUGAUUUAUAAUAUUUUAGAGUUUAUCGAAACAGCGGAUCUGCAAAAAGCGAGGCUGGGAACUAUAGUUGUUUGUGGAGGUGGAAAGCUGUCUGUGUAAGUAGGCACCUCCUCCACAUACACAUUUUCACUUUUUUAUGUGUAUAGAUGGGUAUAGACUUCCUAAUAUAUUUUUAAUUUACUAACACUCAUGAUAGACAUCCCAUUCUUGGUAUCUGUCACCAAACACUCGUUCCUUAUGAUACUAAAGUUUUGCGAGUUCACUCUGUCCUCCAUAUCAAGGAGAGAAAUAUUAUUAUCCUCAUUAUCCUAUUAAACCUCAUUGUCUUAUCUUCUUGAA